AUGUCCGAGACCGCUUUAAAAGGCAGCCUUGCUGGCAGCGCGUCGUCAUCGCCACCACCCGCAUUUCCUCGUCUCGGAUCCCGGCCUAAGAGCAUCGCCAAGCAGUAUGAUGCCGCUUUGGCUUUAGCCUCGACUACCGAUUCUUCCGUUGACGACCUUUACAAGAUUACUUGGGGCCAACGACGUUUCGUUAUUGCAAGCCUCUUAGAUAGGAGGAAGAGCAGGGGCCGGCGAAGCUGGAUCGGAAACCAUGGCUGGUUCCUAGCAGAAUUGAGGAGAGACAAUACAUCUAGCGGGGAUAUCUGGUGUUGCCGGCUCUGUGAUGAUAAGGGCACACCGCGAUUUUUCAAUGCUCAGUCGACAUCUUCGGCACAAGCCCAUCUUUACAAAGCUCACAGGAUCACCGAGACCUUCGAACCGGGCUCAUCUGACGAUUCGUCGGUCCUCGAUCUUCAAAGAAGCGCAUCCAAGAAACGGCCAGCUCCUUCUUCCUUCAUUCUUCCCCGAGCGAAGAUGGCGCGGAUCAGAGAGCUCUCAGUUGGCUAUAUUGUUGAUUCUAAUCUCCCCUUUACUACCUUCGAGAGUACCUACCUACAAGAGCUAUUCCGUCAGCUAGACCCUGAUCUUUAUACCCAGGUGCCCUGGGGUCGAACUGCAGCUAAGAAAGACCUAGAGGAUAUACUCUCUUUAAAGAAAGCGGCCGUCAAGGAGGAACUCGACAAGGCUAUUACCCAGGUACAUAUCAGCUUCGAUCUCUGGACCUCUCCAAACAGACUAGCUUUCAUUUCGAUCUUUGGUCACUAUAUUGACCAGAGCAACUUAUACCAAAGCCGGCUGCUGGCUUUCAGGAGGCAGAUCGGGUCUCACGCCGGCGAGAAUAUCGCCUACACUAUAAGGAAUGUCGUCCGUGAUUGGGGGGAUCGAUUCGAAGCUUGGGGUCUCGAUCUGUGA